GCGAGCCUCGGCGGCCCGGAACCGGCCUUGGAACGGUGGCUGAACCUGAGGCCGCUUGCCCUCCCGCCCCAUGGAGCGGCCCCCGGGGCUGCGGCCGGGCGCGGGCGGGCCCUGGGAGAUGCGGGAGCGGCUGGGCACCGGCGGCUUCGGGAACGUCUGCCUGUACCAACAUCGGGAACUUGAUCUCAAAAUAGCAAUUAAGUCUUGUCGCCUAGAGCUAAGUACCAAAAACAGAGAACGGUGGUGUCAUGAAAUCCAGAUCAUGAAAAAGUUGAACCACUCAAAUGUUGUAAAGGCCUGUGAUGUUCCUGAGGAAUUGAAUUUUUUGAUUAAUGAUGUGCCUCUUCUAGCAAUGGAAUACUGUUCUGGAGGAGAUCUCCGGAAGCUACUCAACAAACCAGAAAAUUGCUGUGGACUUAAAGAAAGCCAGAUACUUUCUUUACUGAGCGAUAUAGGGUCUGGGAUUCGAUAUUUGCAUGAAAACAAAAUUAUACAUCGUGAUCUAAAACCUGAAAACAUAGUUCUUCAGGAUGUUGGUGGAAAGACUAUACAUAAAAUAAUUGAUCUGGGAUAUGCCAAAGACGUUGACCAAGGAAGUCUGUGUACAUCUUUCGUGGGAACAUUGCAGUAUCUGGCCCCAGAGCUCUUUGAGAAUAAGCCUUACACAGCCACUGUUGAUUAUUGGAGCUUUGGGACCAUGGUGUUUGAAUGUAUUGCUGGCUAUAGGCCUUUUUUGCAUCAUCUGCAACCAUUUACCUGGCAUGAGAAAAUUAAGAAGAAGGAUCCAAAGUGUAUAUUUGCAUGUGAAGAGAUGACAGGAGAAGUUCGGUUUAGUAGUCAUUUACCUCAACCAAAUAGCCUUUGUAGUUUAAUUGUAGAACCUAUGGAAAACUGGCUACAAUUGAUGCUGAACUGGGAUCCUCAGCAGAGAGGAGGACCUGUUGAUCCUACUUUGAAGCAGCCAAGAUGUUUUGUAUCAAUGGAUCACAUUCUGAAUUUGAAGAUAGUACACAUCCUAAAUAUGACUUCUGCAAAGAUAAUUUCUUUUUUGUUACCACCUGAUGAAAGUCUUCAUUCACUGCAGUCUCGUAUUGAGCGUGAAACUGGAAUAAAUACUGCUUCUCAAGAGCUUCUUUCAGAGACAGGAAUUUCUCUGGAUCCUCGGAAACCAGCCUCUCAAUGUGUUCUAGAUGGAGUAAGAGGCUGUGAUAGCUAUAUGGUUUAUUUGUUUGAUAAAAGUAAGACUGUAUAUGAAGGACCGUUUGCUUCCAGAAGUUUAUCUGACUGUGUAAAUUAUAUUGUACAGGACAGCAAAAUACAGCUUCCAAUUAUACAGCUGCGUAAAGUGUGGGCUGAAGCAGUGCACUAUGUAUCUGGGCUAAAAGAAGACUACAGCAGGCUCUUUCAGGGACAAAGAGCAGCUAUGCUAAGUCUUCUUAGAUAUAAUGCUAACUUAACAAAAAUGAAGAACACUUUGAUCUCAGCAUCUCAGCAACUGAAAGCUAAACUGGAGUUCUUUCACAAAAGUAUUCAGCUUGACUUGGAAAGAUACAGUGAACAGAUGACUUACGGAAUAUCCUCAGAAAAAAUGUUAAAAGCAUGGAAGGAAAUGGAAGAAAAGGCUAUCCAUUAUGCUGAGGUGGGUGUCAUUGGAUACCUGGAGGAUCAGAUCAUGUCCCUGCACACUGAAAUCAUGGAGCUACAGAAGAGCCCCUAUGGAAGACGUCAGGGAGACUUGAUGGAAUCUCUGGAACAGCGUGCCAUUGAUCUGUAUAAGCAGUUAAAACAUAGACCGUCAGAUCACUCGUACAGCGACAGCACAGAGAUGGUGAAGGUCAUUGUGCACACUGUGCAGAGUCAGGACCGGGUUCUCAAGGAGCUGUUUGGUCAUCUCAGCAAGUUGUUGGGCUGCAAGCAGAAGAUUAUUGAUCUACUGCCCAAGGUGGAAAUGGCCCUCAGUAGCAUCAAAGAAGCUGACAAUACGGUCAUGUUUAUGCAGGGAAAGAGGCAGAAAGAAAUAUGGCAUCUCCUUAAAAUUGCCUGUACACAGAGUUCAGCCCGGUCCUUGGUAGGAUCCAGUCUAGAAGGUGCAGUGACUCCCCCUCAGGCAUCAGCAUGGCUGCCCCCGACUUCAGCAGAACGUGAACAUCCUCUGUCAUGUGUGGUAACUCCUCAAGAUGGGGAGACUUUGGCACAAAUGAUAGAAGAAAAUUUGAACUGUCUUGGCCAUUUAAGCACUAUUAUUCAUAAAGCAAAUGAGGAACAGAGCAGUAGAAUGAUGAAUCUUGAUUGGAGUUGGUUAACAGAAUGACUUGCCACUUAUUCACUGUCC